AGCCUUAGUGACAUCUCGACACAUGUCAGCGCAGCACAUUGGACGGCACAGCCCUGCCCUCACGACCAGACCACAGGACCAACGAGGGCAAAGCUGUUUUCUCUUUGCCCCCAACACCAACCUGUUGUCCUAUUUAACCAAGGUCAGCCCUCCCUCAAAAACCUACAACUGUUCGCAAAGGGUCCUCUCCCAGAAGGAUCCCUCACAUCUUCUCAUCGGCUUCUCAGUCUCUGGAUCUUAAACCCGUUCCUCCACUUCUCCACCAUGGCCGCUGGCUUUAUCCGCUCCCUGAAUGUCCUCCUUCUGGCGUUGACUGGCCUGAGCUGGAGCAGUCCCAUCAGGCCCCCCGAGACCCACCGCAGGCCGUCAGUUGGCAGGGACGUAGGUGAUAAUCCGCUCCUUGACGCGCAGGACUUCAUGAGGCAGAUUCUGUCCACACUGAACCUCACAGAGCUGAGGCCCCAGCCCAGGGCCCUCGCUGCCCGUAAGGAGCCGCCCGAGUACAUGUUGGAGCUGUACAACCGCUUUGCCCACGACCGCACGUCUGUGCCCUCGGCCAACAUCAUGCGCAGCUUCAAGAAUGAAGAUUCCUCCCCCUACAGUUUAACGGCCGGGGGUGUGCGGAUAUUUCCCCUGAUGUUCAACCUCUCCAUGCCCCACCACGAGCACAUAACCAUAGCCGAGCUUCGCCUUUUCACCCUGGUCCGGCGGGCCCAACGACCACACUCUGGCCUUGACUGCAAGGUGACCAUUUACAAUAUACACGAGGGCGUUGUUUGGACCAGAGAGGUGGGGAAAGAAGGCGGAAGGAGGGAGAAAGAAGAGGUGGUGGAGAUGAAGGAUCUGGAGGAACUGGUGACAAAGCAUGUCCAUGUCAGAGAUAACAAGUGGGUGUCGUUUGACCUGACUCAUGUGGUAACGCUCUGGCGGAAGUCGGGGUGUGCGGCUCACAGAUUGGAGGUUCAUAUCACGACUCCAGAGGAGGACGGGGCCACGCGGGAGGUCACAGAGGAGGGUGAAGCCUCGAUUGAGAUUGAUAUCGACAGGAGCUCGGAGGGAAAACAAAACGCCGUGCUGAUUGUGUUCUCAGAUGAUCAGAGCAGGGACCACAAACAGGAUAAACAAGAGCUCAGUCAGAUGAUUGAGCACGAGAACGACCUCGCUGAGAGCACAGGCCGGAGCCAACAAGCUUUCCGGGGGCACGUCAAUCACAACGCUGGCCUCGCAAACCAGGACGACCUGGACAAACAGUCUCUCCUGCAGCUGCAGUCCAACCUUAUCUACGACACACCUCCCCGAAUGCGUCGCAAUGUUAAGAGCGAGCCGUGCAAGAGGACGCCGCUCUUUGUGGAUUUUAAAGACAUCGGCUGGGACGCGUGGAUCAUCCAGCCCCUGGGCUACGAGGCCUACGAGUGCAACGGGGUGUGCAACCCGCCGUUGACCUCCGAGGUCUCGCCCACCAAACACGCCAUCGUGCAGAGCCUGCUGAGUCUGAAGAGUCCAGAGAGGGCCUCGCGUGCCUGCUGCGUGCCCACUAAACUGGAGCCCAUAUCGCUCCUUUAUCACGAUAACGGCGUGAUCACUUUCAAUCACAAGUACGAGGGGAUGGUGGUGGCGGAGUGCGGAUGCAGAUAGUCCUGAAAACACAGAGAGAUAGAGACUGCACGUUGCACACGUCUUCCCACAUUUCAACUAUAUCUACUCGAGAUCUCAUACAGUGGCGUGUGACGAAACAAACAACACACAAUUCUGGACUUAGUUGUACAUUAGUGAUGGACACAGAUUUGUGCUGAAUGUUGUAAAUUUGCAAUUGUAUAAAGGAAAAGCAGUUAUUAUAUUAGUGUAGAAUAUAAAGCUUUCAAAGCAGGUGUUAUUCAGUCUGUCAUGCUUUGUGACGAUGUGGUGGGUUUUGUAUAUGAGAGUGUUUUUUGCAUCAUCAAGAUAAAAAGUGGAUUAUCUUGAUAAAUCAUUGCAACAUCCCUGCGAAACAUUUUUACGAAUCUGAGGUUAAUCAUUUAGAUCUUCUAUUGAUGAAAAUGAUAUUGUGAUAAUUAUAGAUUUUUUCUUUUAUUUUCCGUGCAGCCCUGGGCCACACAUCAGACAAAAUGAUCAUAAAAAGAAUAAAGAAAUUUCCAAACAUCGUGGGAAAAAUAUCUGUUCAAGCUUUUUGGAUCACUAGUCACUAGGUUAAAUAUUGCAGUAACACCAUCUGAUCAAGAAACAAUGUGUAUGUCAAUAGAUCAGUGUGUAUGUAACCCUAUGUGCAGUAUUUCAUGGUGCACAACCUGAAUUUUGUAAUAUUUAAAUGUGGAUUCAGAAGCAGAAUAGCCAAUUUUAAACAGACUAAAUUCAUACUGCAUCAUUAUGUGAAAUGCCAUCAUGCAUUUUCCUCAAAGGAUUUCUCAGAGCUACAUUUAGCUCAGGCAGAGAUUCCUGACGCACAAGUUGAGCGGCUCCUGCUUAUCCAAACUGAACUACUCUGUCAUGACAAAUACGUUAUACCCACUAUAUCACAAUGACUUGCACUACUGUUAGAUUGCUAUAUGUUUGUUUUUUUUAUAUAAAAAUUCAGUUGUGAUUAAAUGCCAAGAUGCUUUAUAAGUAGGAAUAUAUAUUGUUUCUGUGCCCUGUGGCAUGUUUGAGCCAUGGAGGUGAUUUAAAAGCUGUGACAUUUCUUCUUUUAAUUCUGCUCUUCAGAAAAUCUAUCUAUGGUGAUGGCUUUUGAUCACAGGAGGAGUCUCUGAGCUCUUUGUGACUUCUUGUCUGGAUAAAAUGUACAGUUUCUGUUCCCUAACGUCGCUGUCAGCUGCUGGAAAUCUUGCUUCACACCAGCCAUUCAUAUCCUGCUGUUUUGGUUCUCACGUCGAAAAACAUUAAUAAAAUAAAAUAUCUGAAAGCAAA